AUGUGUCGAUUCUUGAUCUACAAGGGUCUCAAUGAAAUUCGUCUCAGCAAACUGGUUACCGAACCCAGUCAUUCCAUCCUGACUCAGUCCUAUGACUCCCGGUUAAGAUUGGAUAAUCGGCGCCCUGUCAAUGGAGAUGGCUUUGGGGUGGGCUUCUAUACCGACCCUAAACUUGGACCAGAACCCUGCAUCUUCACAUCAACAUUGCCCGCCUGGAACUGCGAGAACCUGGAGCGUCUGGCUUCGAAAACUUGCUCUAACCUUAUCUUUGCCCAUGUCCGCGCCACCACCGAGGGUGCUCUCGCGGAGAAUAACUGCCACCCUUUCCAGCACCAGACUCUGAUGUGGAUGCACAAUGGCAGUAUCGGCGGCUGGAACCACAUCAAGCGGGCAUUGGGUAGCUCUCUCGCCGAUAAGUGGUAUCUUGGUGUCAAGGGUGGCACAGAUAGCGAGUGGUCCUUUGCACUGUUCCUCGAUUUGCUAGAGAAAGAAGGUGUAGAUCCAAGUUCGGAUCCGGGCCCGGAAGGAUUUGAACAGGCUCUGUUGCGUCGUGUCAUGAUGAAGACCAUUGCCAAGAUCAAUGAGUUCAUCCGAGAGAUCCCUAACAAGCACAAUCUCACCGAUCUUGAGACGCGAAGCCUGCUGAAUUUUGCGGUUACGGAUGGCCACACCGUUGUCUGCACUCGGUAUGUCAGCAGCAAAACCGACGAGCCUGCGAGCUUGUACUUUUCGUCUGGCACCAAAUGGAAGGAGGGGAAGACCAAGGGUCAUUUUAAGAUGGAACGUCAUGACAAGGGUGCUGAUAUUGUACUUGUGGCUAGUGAGCCCAUCACCUUUGAACGACACAACUGGGUAUCUGUUCCCACAAACUCAGUUGUGACCAUUCACAAACAGACAGUUUUGCUUCACCCGAUUCUGGAUGAAUUCUACAGCGAGGAUCUCAACCACGACCGCUCGACCUGUUUCGCCGUAUCCAAGGGCCUUGUCAGUACAGCGCCUGGUACUACUGUACCUCCACCAAACCAGGAUACGUGUGCCUCUUCUGCAACCCACGCAGCAAAUAAGAGCGAUGUCGCGGCUCCGGGUGGGCCUCGCAUUCCUCAGCAUACAGCAGCG